UUAACAAUAAAAGUGAAAAAGAUAUAAAAAACUCUUCACCCAAAUGUUUCUUUAAUUCAGUCCCUUAUUCUGGCAGUAAUUGCAUUAACAAUUUUCAAACCGGAAAGAAUUACUGAUUACCUACCGAUAAGAUGCAAGCGGCCCUCCUACACUAAUUUUUGCAAUAAUCUCGAAAAGUAUAAAAGUGAGACGAUAUCAGAAUCGCCAGUUAUUGGGUUGCUUGACAUCACAUAAAAAAAAUGAAACGAAAUCCUUUGGUCUUAGUUUGUGUUAGUGUUUUUUUAUAUGCUGGUUCGGGCCUGGCACACUCUUUGUCUGACAUUCCUGCUGUUUGUGCUAGUUAUUUAAAUGGGGCUAACUCGUUUAAAGGACAGAAUUGGGGAAGUUAUGGUGGAGUUGGAACAGGUUCCCAACCCAUCAGUGCCCCUUCACAAUCUAGUUACAGUUUUGGGGCUGGUGCCUCAAACUCUCCAGCUCCAGCCCCACAGAUCGAAGCGUAUUCACCAAAAAAUACUUUUGGUGCUAACGCUGUCUUAGAUUCUUCAAAUUAUGGUUCAUCUUCUCUUGGGUCUAACGCUGGACAGGGUAUAAAUUACCCUCAACAUAUACCAGUCUCGUCAAAUUAUGAAUCAAGCGGAAGUAGUCCUAGUCUUGGAUUAAAUGUAGGACAACCCAGUUCCGCGGGCAGUUACGGAGGAUUUGAUCAAUCAUCAAGCUUUGGUCAAGGGUCUGGAUAUGGUACCUCCCAACCAAAAUUAGUUGGAGGUAGUGGUAUUCAUUAUGGAGAUGAUCAAGGACCAUCAGUUUCUGGUAGCUUGACACCAAGUGGAGGAAAUUAUGGUCAAUCUGCUGGAAUAUCCGCAUCAAUCCCGUCGACUCCUGUCUCUGCAGGACCAUCACCAUCAUUUGACAAUGGAGCGCAAAACUUCGGUUAUGGUCAGUCAUCAAGCGGUCACUCAUUUGGUAGUGGCUACGGAUCUGGAAAUGGUAUUGGAGGACCUACUCUUGAUGCGCCAAGUCAAGGUCUUGAUCAAGGUGGUUAUUUCGGAAGAGCUUCUAGUAAUUAUGGAGCUAGCAAUCUUGGUACUCCUAGUACUGGAGGAGAAGCCAGUGGUUAUAUCACCUCUGGUGGAGUUGGUUUAGGAAAUGCUCCCAGCAGUGGUUCAAAUGCCGUUGGUUUUGUUCGAGGAUCUGAUCGUGGUUUAGACAGUGGUUCACUUACCUCUGGUUCUGGUUUACAAGGGUAUAAUCUCGCCAACAAUGCAGCUAGUGGUGUCGGUCUUGGAGGAAAUACCGGUCUUGGUGCAUCUGGUAGUGGAAGUGGUUUGCAAGGAUAUGGUGCAAGUCUUGGAGGAAAUACCGGUCUUGGUACCUCUGGAAGUGGAAGUGGUUUGCAAGGAUAUGAGUCUGCAAACAACGCAGCUGGUGGUUUAGGUCUUGGAGGAAAUACUGGACUUGGAGCAAGUGGAUACAAUUAUGCCAGCAACACAGCUAGUGGUGCAGGUCUUGGAGGAAAUACCGGUCUUGGUGCUUCUAGUGGUGCAAAUGGUUUGCAAAGAUAUGAAUCUGCAAACAAUGCAGCUGGUGGUUUUGGUCUUGGAGGAAAUACUGGACUUGGAGCAAGUGGAUAUAAUUAUGCCAGCAACACAGCUGGUGGCGCAGGACUUGGAGGAAAUACCGGUCUUGGUGCAUCUGGUAGUGGAAGUGGUUUGCAAGGAUAUGGUGCAAGUCUUGGAGGAAACACCGGUCUUGGUGCCUCUGGAAGUGCAAGUGGUUUGCAAGGAUAUGAAUCUGCAAACAACGCAGCUGGUGGUUUAGGUCUUGGAGGAAAUACUGGACUUGGAGCAAGUGGAUUUAAUUAUGCCAGCAAUACAGCUGGUGGUGCAGGACUUGGAGGAAGCAGCGGUCUAGGUGCCAUUGGUGGUGCAAGUGGUUCUCAAGGAUAUGAAUCUGCAAACAACGCAGCUGGUGGCUUAGGUCUUGGAGGAAAUACUGGUCUUGGAGCAAGUGGAGCAAGUGGAUAUAAUUAUGCCAGCAAUACAGCUGGAAGUGCAGGUCUUGGAGGAAGCAGCGGACUAGGUGCCAUUGGCGGUGCAAGUGGUUCUCAAGGAUUUGAAUCUCCAAACAACGCAGCUGGUGGUUUAGGUCUUGGAGGAAGUGGUUAUAAUUAUGCCAGCAACACACUUGGUAGUGCAGGUCUUGGAGGAAACAACGGUCUUGGUGCCACUAAUAGUGCAGGAUAUGAAUCUGCCAAUAAUGCUGCUAGUGGUGUAGGACUUGGAGGAAAUACUGGUCUUGGAGCAAGUGGAUUUAAUUAUGCCAGCAAUACAGCUGGUGCUGGUCUUGGAGGAAGCAACGGUCUAGGUGCCACUGGUGGUGCAAGUGGUUCUCAAGGAUAUAGCUAUGCCAGUAACGCCGCUGGUGAUGCAGGUCUUGGAGAAAACAGCGGUGCUGGUCUUGGAGGAACUAGCGGCCUUGGUGCUGCUAGUGGUUCAAGUAAUGGAUAUGGUUAUGCCAGCAAUGCAGCUGGUGGUUCAGGUCUUGGAGGAAAUACAGGUCUUGGUGCAAGUGGUUCUCAAGGUUAUGGUUACUCCAGUAACACAGCUGGAGGUCUCGGACUUGGAGGAAAUGCUGGUCUUGGCGGUGCAAGCGGUUCAAGUGGAUAUGGUUAUGCCAGUGACACGGCUGGAGGUUUAGGUCUUGGUGGUGCUGGAGGUAGCACUUUUGGUGCAGGUGCCCAAGGAUAUGGUUAUGGCAGUAAUGCAGCUGGUGGACUGGGUUACGGAGGAGUUGGUGGAGCAGGAGCUGGUCUUGUCGGCGGCGGUCGUGGUGGUGACGCAAAUAACUUUGCUUCCGUUGCUGGCUCCAGUAGCGGUCUUGGAUUUGGUCAAGGAGGUGGAAUUGGAGGGUUGGAUGUAAACUUAAAUAAUCUUGCCGCUGUUAAAGGAAAAUCUUUGUAUGCCGACUCUGCUGAACAGUCUGGAGCCAACGAAAAAUCAUCAAGCGAAGUUGACCAUCAUCGCGGACCCGGAGUGUACCGCUUCCACGCCAAGAAGCAAAACGAGAGUUCCAAAUUCCACACCAAAGUACAAAAAAUUGUCAUUCAAUCCGACAGAAGGUCCCGUUAAAAAAACGAUUUUUUAAAUGUAUGAUUUAAUAAAGAGAUAUUUAUUUAAGUAA